AUGGAGGUGACCACCAUGUCCCUGCCUGCCAUCUCACCCACUGAUGGAGAUGAUCUGUGUGAGGCAGAUGUCCCCAGUGUGGCCAUACACAGUGUGACACUGCUCAUCUGCCUCUGUGGGCUGGCCGGGAACGGGGCUGUCCUCUGCCUCCUCCAACUGGAAAAUUGUAAUUAUCGCAUCUUCACCGUGACUGUCGUUGACUUCCUCUUCCUUCUCCUCACAGUGCCCUCCACCCUGCUCUCCGUGGUGGAGGACAUGUCCUGCUCUCCUGUUUUGCCCCUGCUGCACCUGAAUUUUCUUUUCAAGCUGUCUGAUGUCUCUUACUACUGGGGGCUGUACUGGCUGAUGCCCAACAACCCUGUGGUGUAUAUGGAUAACCUCUUCCAGCUCUGCUGCCGCUGCAAACUUCCUCUGCGCCUGAUGUGGUUGCUGAACGGUGUCCAAUUCUGGGCCUUCUUUGCUCUCUUCACUGUCAUUCCUGCGGUGACAUCCCUGUGCCCGUCACACCAGCAGGAGCUCUGCCGGGCAGCUUUUAUCUCCAUGAACACCAUCAUCCUGCUCCUCUUGGCUUCACCCCUGCUCGUUUCCAUCACAAUAGAUUUCAUUAAGGCCAAGUGGGGCUCCCAGCAGCAGCAACCCAAGAGGCGCGACAUCGCUAUCACCCUCAUUGUGCUCCUCACUCUCCUCCUCAUUUUCUGGAAUUUCCUACAGCAGCUCGGUUAUAUCCUUGUACCCUCCCAGAUGGUUUUCCUGCUUAACUGCAUCAACAGCAGCUUCAAACCCUUCAUCUACUUCUUGGUGGGGAGGUGCUGGAGGCCCUGCUCUCUGGGGUCCCUCCGGCUCUCCCUCCAGACGGUCUUUGAAGACCAGAAAAAAUAA